AUGGAAGCGAAGAAUUCAAACUGGAAGACGCCAUGCUAUGAAAAGCUGCAGGAACUGUUAAAGAAGCGGUUUAGUGCAUCAGAUAAUCAAAUUCAAAUUGGGCUUAUUGAAGAUACCAUGAGUCAUGAGUUGUACAACGCUGUUCGUAAUAAUAAGAAUGAUGUAAAUAAUUUUUUGGAUGUUUUAGAGCAAGUAUGUAGAGAGAAACAAAUUGAUUGUUCCACUGUUUUGCAUCAAGCCACUCCUACGGGUGAUUCUUUGCAUCAUGUUGCGGCUGAAUAUGGGAGAGAAAGGAUCGCAGAGCUGCUUGUCGAUAACAAUUUUUCGCUAGUAGUGACAAACAAUAGGAAAGACACUGCGAUUCAUGUUGCCGCAAGAGCUAAAAAUAUUGGGGUGAUGAGAGUCAUCUUGUCCAAAUUUGACGAUGCUAGAAGUAAGGAUGACUUUAUUAUGUUACCAAAUAAACUCGGGAAGAGAGCUUUGCAUGAAGCUAUUCUGAGCAAAUAUCUUGAGGGGUUGAAUUUCCUUUUAAGUGAACAAAGUGAAAGUCGGGUCAGUCAUAAGAGCCGUGGGAACUCCCCACUCCAUGCUGCCAUAUCAGAAAACAAUAUUGCUUUCUUGAAGAAUAUAGUACAUGAAAAAGAGGGGCUCAUGUACUUUAGAGAUGAACACGGAAAUACUCCUCUUCAUUAUGCAGCAUACAUUGGUUAUGUGGAAGGUGUUCGUGAACUUCUAAACAAAUCUAAUCUUGUUGUGUUUCAACGGAACUCAAAUGGUGAUCUUCCGAUUCACAUUGCUUGCCAAAGUAGCCGUGUUCAAGUGGUUAAACAACUGCUUCGCAUAGAAUGUCCUUAUACCAGAUUCUAG